UCUCAUAAACUUAAUACAGUACUCUUCACAGGUUGUUGUCCUCGUCCACACACUCGCUCAGCAGACAUGGCAGGCGAUGGACUACUCUCACUCCGAUGGAACAAUCAUCGUACUUCCUUCUUGCAAGUGUUGUCUUCACUGAAAGAUAAGCAAACCUACAGUGACGUCACACUUGCUUGUGGAGGCAAGUUCUACAGUGUUCACAAGUUUGUUCUCUCAACAUGCAGUGAAUACUUCGUGGACAUCAUGGAGAAGACCCCGUGUAAACAUCCGAUCAUUGUGCUCAAAGAUAUACGUCAUCAGGAUUUAGAGGCACUCUUAAAUUACAUGUACUUAGGCGAGGUUAAUGUACUUCAGACCGAGCUAGGAGGUCUCAUCAAAGCCGCGGAGUGUUUGAGAAUAAAAGGUUUAGCCGUGCCCGACGAAUCCCCGCCCCCGCCGCCGCCCCCUGGAGGAACCCCACAAACUCCUGUCAAGAACUGGGAUGAAGGAAGCCCUCAGACGCAGACAAAGAGAAGAAGGUACGAAGACGACUCCACCAGCAGCAACUCGAGUCCGCCCAGAAAAAAGAGUAAUUCACGGCCACAGUCUGAGGGACCCGUCGAAGGAGCAGCAACAGAAGACCAAACAGAGACCAGUGAAAACAACACAAAGGAAAAUACAGCACCGGAACCAAGUGUCCAACAAGCACAAGAGCAACAACCAAAUACCACUACUGAACUGACCAGGGAAGAGUCUCCACAUGUUUCCAGUGAAAAUAGUCAACAAGAAAAGCAGACCGUAGUGGAUAAUCCCGUCAUAAAAGAAGAGAACAUGAAAUACGAAGAUGAUGACGUUAUGCACCUACCUGACACUUGUAGUGCCUUGGAGGUUCAAAUGGUGGAGUCAGACGGGUCCUCACAGGGGACGCCGGGGAUCAAGUAUGAAGUGAACCUACCGGGGAACGCUGGAGGGUCCUCUCUUCUGCCGUCCGUCUCCCAGCAGUACUCCACUCACCCUCAGUCCUUUGAAGAAAUAGUCUCUCAGGCCUUACCGGGACCAUCAGGAAUGCAGGCAGAUGCUGGUCAGAGUUGGGAUGGGAGUCGAAGAGAGGGAGACAUGGCAACGUCUUUCCACCUGCAGGGCUUCUCACAGCAGGAAGGUCUCAACCCCCACCACAGAGGUCUUCAACAAGUGAACAUGCCGGAUCGUGCAGGUCGACGCCCUUGUCCCUUCUGUAACAAAGAGUUUGACUUCGCAAGCUCCCUAGAGCGACACCUACGGGUUCAUACAGGCGAGAAGCCCUUCGCCUGCCCUCUCUGCCCAUACCGCACAGCACAGCGUUAUAACCUUGAACGCCACAAACGUACCCACGACAUAAGACUGAUGCCCCAACAUUCACUGCCGGGCUCUUCAGAGCAACAGUGUUGAAUACAUGUCUCAUGAUCUUGUAUCUGAUGACCAUUAAGAAAUCUUACCACAGUCAGGGUUGCCAACUGUCCUCACCACAACAAAUUGCUAAAAUCUAAAUCCAUUCAGUACAUAGUCUGGAUGGUACGGUAAUUAUCUGCUACAGUACAUUAAUAUUUUUUCACUAAGGUUUUCCACCACUUUCAUAAUGGUGGUAAGUCAUAAAAGAAAGACAUUAAUAAGCUUUUUAAAACAUCAUUAUUAAAUUUUGAUACAAUUUUCAUCAAUAUUUAGAAUGAAAGUCUGUUGCUAGGUGUUGGUCUGGUAACAGUGUUGUCAUCACAGGUGGCUUCUUAAAGUAUGUUCGGUAGUCAGGAAUAAAGUAUACAGGUGCAGUAGCUAAAACAACUAUCUGUGCAUACUUUGUGGGAAACGAUAUGAGACCAUGGACGAUAAAUUUUGGUUUCUGAGGGCUAUCACUCGUCACGUAAAAUUUUGGAGCACAGAUAGUUGUUUUAGCUACUGUACUGUACAGUACAAGUACACUGAAUGUAUGUAGCUACAGAUUUUUAUGAUUGCUGUAAAGGUGGAAACAACCUAUUGGAUAUUAACAGGUAAUAAAAUCAAAAUGGAUAAAGAUUCAAGAGCAUUACAAUACACAUUGACCGGAAAAGAUGAACUCUGAACAUAUCUAAAUAUUUCCGUCUGACUAACAUUUUACUGUUUCUAUCCAAAUGUGUGAAGUGUUGGAAGGUUGUCAACUCUGCCUGUGAUGAAAGGUACACCAACUGUUGCCACCAUAGUCAGUUUUCAUGGUAGAUCAAUUCUCAGCCUCUAUUAACAAAGUACAAAUAUUACUAACUUCCCUAUGCAAAUGAUUUACUACUGUUGUAUGAAUAAGGAAGAUUGUUUGCUAGAAGGUUAAAGACUUGGGUGUGCUGGAUGCUUCUGAGUGUGAUAUAGAGGAGAGUGUUUUCAUGUGCCGAGUGUCUCAUAGGUCAUGCACCACAAGGAAAUUUGUGUUUUUUCUCUGUUUCUCUCAUUCUUUCUCUUAAACUUUUUUUUGUUUGUUUAGGAACUCAUGAAAUAUCAAUGAGUAUAGCACAAAAAGUAACGCUAAAAGAAAAAGUCAGAUGCUACAAACACACACACACACACACACACACACACACACACACAACUGUGCAGCAUCUCCAAAUGGGGAGGUAGAAAUUUGGUCAAAUUCAAUCGUAAGAAAACACAGUACUGCAGUCGACAACACCCAAGCAUAUGGACAUUGUCAAUUAAAUUAUUUAGCAACCAAUCGGGGUGUUCGAUGUGACUUUCUGUACAUGAAUAUUAAACUUUCCUCUAGUGUAGUUUCUCUGCCAUAUUUAAUAGAACUGUUAAAAUUUCCUCACCAGAAAAAGAAAAGGAUACCAUAACUAUUUAUCCUAUAUCCUAUGGUGCAUGACUUAUAAGACACCUUGUACAGUAUGUGGUGACAAGCUGCUGCACUACAGCCAGCAUACAGCCUCCUCUUAACACCAUGAAGGAGGGGAAUAUAGUAUAUAGAAUGUUAAAAAAAGGAAUAUUAAAUUACUAGUAAUGUUAAGAGUCUAUUGGCAGUAGUUGUGAGGAGUUAGUACAUGUAUUGUAAAACAUAGCUGGGAGGGAUUCUGUAUGCCACAAACGAAAUAUAUUAAAUGUUGAGCUGAAAAAAACCUGAGGAAAUAUCUGUAAUCUGUCUUUAUAGAUUUGGGUGAUGUGUAUGGAAAAUAUUGAGAUAAUAUAAGGGAAGACUAAAGAAUCAAUGAAAAACAGGAAAAUAAGUAAGAAUGUCAUAAAUAAAUUAUAUAAGUAUGUAAGGAGGACUUGUCAUGAGUAAAAAAAAAUUUUAUGGAGGGAUUGAUAACAACAAUUCACUUCAAGUUUUCCUAAUUUUAGUACUUUUUUUUUUACAUUAUAUUGUACCUAAACUUCACCGAUGGGUACUUUGAGACAUUAUCUGCAUAAUUUUAUAAACUACACUUUUCAAUUUUAUUUUACUGUAAAUAGAAACAGUGAAAUGGAAAACAUAUAAUGUAGCUUAAAAUUUGAGAGUUCAGUAGUGACUUUAAAGAUUGUGUGAUAUUUGUAAAGGCAAUAAGUUGAUAUAUUAUUCCUCUGAAGUUUACAGGAAAGAAUUUAUCCUUUCCUUGGCAUGUUUUUUUUUUUUUUAAUACACUUUGCCCUUAAUUGUUUCUUGUUUUGUUUUCCUUAAUUGAUACCGUCGCAGUUCAAGUGUUGUGAUACUCCGUUGUUGUUGUUUAUUAUCAUACAUUCAUACUUUCACUACAAAUUAAUAUUGUUGGUUACUUCUGCUUAGAGUACUGUAGUAUUUUUUAGAAUUUCUUGCUGCAUCUUGAGAUAGGAAAAACAAGUCAAAUUAAAUUACUCUUGUACAGGUACAUGUAAUGUGUUUGUGUAGUGUUGGUUUUCCAGUGAUUUUGUGGUUGAUUUUUACUCUAUCUAUUAAUAUUACUGCUGUGAUUCUAGCAUUAAAAUGAUUAAAUGUGCCUCUCGUCUUUUAACAAGCCAUCUCACAUAACCAAGUUGCGCAUUAUUCACCAACAGAAAAUGCAAGAAUCUGCAGCUCGGCAGUUGUGUCCCCUCUGUAACAAAGAGUUUUACUUCGCAAGUUUCCUAGAGCGGCACCUACGGGUUCACACAGGCGAGAAGCCCUUCGCCUGCACUCUCUGCCCCUAUCGCACUACUCAGCGUUGUAAUCUCGAGCGUCAUAAACGUACCCACAAAAUUGAACAGAUGCCAUCACAGUUUCUGCCAAGCUCCUCAGAACAAUUAAUGCCAUGACCACCAUACAAUUUUCACCAUAAAUUUACCAAUGAUGUACAAGAUAUAGAUAAGAGUUAAGAUAAUACUACACUGUACUUGACACAUUGUACUUCUAUAUAAAAUACAGGUGCUCCUCUACUUACAAACGAGUUACGUUCCUGAGGCUUGUUUGUAAGUCCAACUUACUC